UAGAGUGUCGCGCUGGAGCCGAGCAACAACGACUCAGUGGGAGCGGGCCACGUUCUCAUUCAACUUCAUGUGGCGGUUAAGAUCAUGGCCGAUCCGCACACGGAAAAAAGCACAUCAAGAAGAGCGCGAGUUUCUCAUAUUGCCCAACUCAGGGACCUAUAGGGCUUGUCUUUGUACCUAGCGAUGGGCGCUUCCAAUCUUGGCCAUCGCGGGCCUCCAAUCUUCAGUUCGGAAUAGCAUCAUGAAAGCUAUGACAGUAGCGCUAAACUUUCGAAUACGACUCCCGCUAUCAGUUCUGUCAUUCUUUGACAAAUGCAAGUAAAGAGUAGGAACAAAUUCAACAGUGACACCACCCGAAGCAGGCGAGGACAGUCCACUUCGAUGCUUUCCGCAUCCCACUCCCCAGGGCCUGGAGAAAGGGUCGGUGAAGCAGCGCGACGACGUGCAUGAACAGUACAGUCAGUGGCUGGCCCAGAUAUUCAACGACACUGCUCCCUCAGACCCUUCCACCCCUGCCAACCAUGCCCUGCGCCAUGCAUCCACAGGCGUGGGUGUGGGCGCCGUUAGGGCUGUUCCCAGCACCCAGCACGCAGGAAAAAGCAACUGAGCUCUUGUAACUGUGGCUCGAACAUGACAAGAACGGUGAAAGCGCCAAGACUGAUUGGAUGAUGCGCAACAGCCUCUGCUCGAAUGCCUUAGGGAUAAAGACGGGGCUAUAAGAUGAGCGUAACGAGGAAUUGGUUGAUGUUCAGGUAUGGACUGUACAUAGAACUGGAUGACAAGAGAACAAUUUUUACAUUUGUGCUUUACCUUGGACAAGCCAAUUUCUCUAGUGCGAUCCAAAGUCUGUACUCGCAACCAGCCUCCGAUGGUAGCAGGCACAGAGUUUUGAGGGAAGAGCGCGGCCUGUGCAGAAGGGAGCCGACGUGUCGAAGAGGGGGAAAGGCAGCCCAUGGAACGUCCGAACGCCGUACUUGCCUUAUUAGCUACGCCAGGAGGGGUAACGUAUGGAAAUGAAUGGCAGGAAGAACCCCAAUAGAAAGAAAGUUGAGGCAAAGACUAAGGCAAGAUGUGUUGGCAAUGCCGUUCUGUUGAUAAAAACAACAUUACUUACUCUAUGUACUGUCCUGCACUGGAACCUCGAGGCAACUUCCAGUGGCGGCAUAUUCUCUCUGCACAAGCUAGUCGAUAAAGAGUACCAAUGUACCUUUCGGACAUCUCACCCUGCUGAUGUAUCCAUGGGGGUGGCCAUCUUCUCACUCCAUCUGCGCCGAUAUCAAAUCCCAGCAACUUCGCGAGCGCAUCCAUUUUGAAAGAAGUUAUCAAUCACAUGCGGCGAAUCAGCGGUUUCACCAUGUCAGGUAUCGGAUAUCUGGUCCAACAACACCUGCAUUGCCCAGUUUCUUAGCUACUUUACUUACUAGGGCCGAGCUAACGACAAAAGCAUAUUCGACGGACGUGACAGGGAUGUUGCUAAAAUUCGUCCCUCGAAAGAUUCUGUGGGCUUUGUGGAGGGACAAGGGAGCCCCAUGCAAACGCGAGCCAUGACGGAGCGAGCUUGGAGCUUUCCAACGUCGAACAACGAUUCGACAAUUCGAACUCUUCCAGAAUUUCUAUCUUGGGUGCCGCUAGUUAGCUCUGACGUGACCGUCCAACCGCCUCAGGCAACCCCAUGACAUGUCGACACGUCCCAAGAUGCUGCCCACCAAAUUAGAACAUGAUGAAUGGAGAUUCUGAGUGUUUUGGGUUUGGGUCCAAACUUCUUGUACAAAAUAAGUUGAAUCCGAAACUUUGAUAACCGCCAGCGACGAAAAGGACUUGACGCAUUUUUGCGGGCUUUCUCACCUCCAGCGUAUCGCCAGUUGUGAUGCAUGCGGCGGCGCCUAUGCGGUCGGGAGCAGCAACGAGCAAGAGACUAAUAUCAUCCUCCCAAACCGAAUCAUGGUAGCUUAGCAUGGCUUUGUUUCUCCGGUAGCAACCCUAACAAACGUGGGAUGCUUACUACGACUGGAUCGUGAGAUCUCCACGUCAGAAAAACUUUGAGGGCUUGCUGGUCCCAUGUGGCUACGGUUGUGGGUGCCCCACGUAUGUCGUUGAUUCCCUUUUUUGUCGACCUCAGCCUCAUGUUUCCUGACAGAGAGCAUUGGUGAGAGACGCGGCGAGGGGCAGUACCUACUUCGGAAUUGCUGACAUGAUGGGCGACGACAGUAGAGAGAGGAGCAUUAAUAUACAGCGCGCCAUUGUAAUUCUACAUGUGCUCACUCCUUAAGCUUUUCGAGCUCCGUGACAGCUGUCAACUUAGUGCUAGUAAACCAACCGCAAGCGAGAGCUAUAAAGCCAUGAGACUCCUUUGAGGUCCCCUUAACAUGAGCAACUUGAGGCUAUUCAUGGUGGUUAGACGCUUGGUCUGUCAAGGUCCCAUAUUACCAACCAAGAUAUCUGAUUUCCACAGUAGGGAAGUAGAACAGUGGUGUCUCUCAAAGUCUUGUGGAAGUUCACACUCAUCUUCUUUGUCCUCAUAAAGGCCCACUUGAUAGGGAACAAGGGUGUAUCUCUUGUCCGUUAGAAGAAUUAUAAUAACAACGAUGACAAGAAUUACAAAUGGUUCGGG